AUGAGUGAGGAAAAUCUAUAAAAGGAGUCUCAGUUGAAUACCGAUGAUUAGCAAAUGAUAUUUUCUGAUUCGACUAGUGAAACGCUUUAGACAUCACCAACUUAAACAAAAGGCAGCGAAUACAUUAGUUACAAUGAACGUAUUUAGCAAACUGAAACUAUGGAAUCAAUGGCCGGAGAGACCUAGUAAGAGGAUUAGUAAAUAAAAGAUAAUAAAAACAAUGAGGAUGAGGGUGAAGAAGAAGUUAAGACACCAGAAUUAGGAAUUUAAGACUAUGAAUUACUAGAAUAAAUUGGCAAAGGCUCAUUCGGUAGAGUGUUUGUCGCCAAAAGGGAAGAAAAGAUUUUUGCAAUCAAGGAGCUUUAAAAAGAAUUCAUAAUAAAGGAUGCUAGCAACUUAUACUUUGUUAUGGAGCAUGUUCCUAAAGGUUCAUUACAAGAUCUUAUGGAUCAUAGUAAACAGGAGGGAAAGAAAUUUAAUCUUCAUUUGGCUUAAUUUUAUUCUGCUUGGUUGAUAUUAGGAUUGGAAUAUCUACAUUCUCACUCAAUUGUCCAUAGAGACUUGAAACCUUAAAAUAUAUUAGUAGACUAAGAUCAUUACUUGAAAAUUAUUGAUUUCGGAGAUUCAAAAGAAAUAAUUGAAGAGGAUUAUACUUUUGAAAGAAGGCAGUCUGGCAGAUAAAGUGCUGCUUCAUUCUCUUCAUUGUUAAAUACAGAUAAAGAAAAACCAAGAGAGCAAACCUUUGUAGGAACUCCACUUUAUGUUGCCCCUGAAAUGCUAGAAUUUAAUUAGGCUGGAAGCUAUACAGAUUUAUGGGCAUUGGGAUGUAUCAUUUAUUAAAUGCUUUGUGACAAUCAGACUCCAUUUAGGGGCAAAAACUAUGAUGAAGUUUUUCAAAAUAUAUUAGAAAGGAGAUUAACUUUUCCAGAGGAUAUUAAUCUAGAUGGUAAAGAUUUGAUAGAUUAGCUUUUGGACUAUACACCUGAGAACAGAAUAGGCUACAGAAAUUACAAAAAAUUAAAAGAACAUCCUUUUUUUAAAUCAAUUGACUUCGAUCUCUUAACUUAAUAGCAGCUUAUCGUUCCAGGAAUGGCACAUAUGUCUUAAAUCCAUGAUAUGCCUUUGCUAACAGAUGAUCAUGAGACAACAUUUAGUGAGUUUGAAAUGGUUUAGACCCCUGCUUAGGAUAAAAGUAAGAUUGACCUGAACCUUAGAGUAAUGGAAGGAAAGGUGAAACUUAGGCGCAAUCUCAUCUUUUACAAAAAGAGAAAAAUGAUAUUACUUGAAGACGGUAGAGUAAUCUUAGCUAAAGAUAAUUUAAUCAGGAAUGUCUUUGUACUCAAUAAAUGUACUGAAAUAUUUUUAGUUAAAAAAGACCGAUUUACCAUUAGAACAUAGCAAAUUCAUGAAAAUAUUGAAUCUUCAGAUGCUGAAGUGUGGGUUAACAUUUUAAAUUCAAUCAAGCUAAUGAAUACCAAAAGUUAAUGA